AUGGAGAAAUGUGUAACUUCGGAGGUGGAGAGUGAAGAGUGGAAUGAAGAGAUGGAUGAGGAGUUUGAGGAAGUGGUGGUAGCGGUGAGUGAUGAGACGGAUGUGGAAGUUGGGGUGGAGGUGGAGAGUGAUGGUGUGGAUGAUAGUGAAAGUGGUGGUGUUGGAGUUGGUGGUGGUUGUGGCGCACAAUUACUUCCUGCAAACACCAACAAGUCUCCUCGUGAUCUCACUUCUCCUUUGUCUCAUUUGUCUUCGCCUCAUUCACCUCCUCAAUCUCCUUCUACUUCGACCUCUACUUCUACGCCUCUUUCCACUUUAGCUCCAUCUCCUUCUUUCCCCACUCUUCCUUCACCACAUUCAUUGCAUCACCUUGCAAUUCACCAACAUUUACUCUCCACUAAUGACGAUGAGAAUGCUCAGAAUUCCAAUGAUUCAAUCGCCACUUCUCCUCCUCCUCCUCCU